AUGGAGCUGAUGGGGAACGUGCUUGUGAUUAAAGUCCGCAGUUCUGGUCUGGGGCCGGUCUCUGACCACUCUGUAUUGGAGAAGACUACCACGGAGAAGAUUGAGAUAAUGAAGACAAUUCUGAUCUUAGCUUUGGCCUUCAUCCUGUCAGAGGCCAAGACAGACCCAGGCGUUGUAGGAAGACUCACCCUGAAGGGUCUGCGGUACGGUUGGGAAGUCGGGUUACAGGAGCUGCAAAAGCAAAUAACGACUCUCCAUAUCCCCGACGUCGAGGGGUCCGUCUCUGCCGCCGUUGUGGGACGCAUAAAUUACUACGUCACAGAGUUAGCGGUCAAGAGCAUAGAUUUCUCCGAUUCCAGCCUCACCUUUUCCCCAAACACUGGAAUUGAUGUGUCCAUCCAGCAAGGACGGAUUACGAUCGUUGGACAUUUACGGAUAAAAAGUUCGCUUUUGUCCGGCUCCUCCUGGAUGGAAUUGGGAGUGCAGGGAUUUUCCGUGGCUGGAUCUCUUGGGGUAACCUGUGACGACCUUGGCCAUGGCGCAGUGUGGGAUGCCGGCUGUAGCUCCAGUGUCGGCAGGGUGGAUCUCUCGUUCCAUGGAGGAUCUGGAUGGAUCUUCAGCAUGUUUAAAGGUUCCAUGAUAGGGCCCAUCCGUUCUGCCAUUACUUNNNAGAUCUGUCCAUCAUUUGGAGAAGCCGUGAAACAGAUGGAGAAAAAGUUGAGUUCUCUUCCAGUCUCCCUAUCAGUGGACUCCGUGUCUGAGGUGGAUGUCGAUCUGGUGGGACCUCCGCUCAUUACAGACAGAAGUUUUGAUCUUUUUGUGAAGGCGGAGUUUGUCGCUCAAUCACAGCACCUGUUGCCCUAUCGGCCGGAGAGGCUUACGUUGCCAGACGUUGACUCGCGCAUGUUGCUCCUGGCUCUGUCGCAGUUUUCCGCCAACUCAGCCGGGUUUGCGCACUACAAAGCCGGGUUCUUAAAGUAUAAUGUCACCGAUGACAUGAUCCCGAAGCAAUCCCCAAUACGGCUAAAUGUAAGAAGUUUAGGACUCUUUGCACCAGAGCUGCCCGGUCGGUACCCAGAUUCACCAGCACUGCUGCUCGAGGUCUCGGCCCACUCGGCUCCCACAGUAAGCUGCCAGCCCGACUCACUAACUGUGCAAGCUUCUGCUGACUUGGAGGUGUUUGUCAUGUAUCCCAAUCAGUCACUGAUCCCACUGUUCCAGAUACAAGCUGAUUCUCUCACCGCUGUCGAUCUUGUGUUAUCAGAGGAGACCGUGGGAGCGACAAUAUCUGUGAAAAGUUUCUCGCUGUCCUUGGUUCACUCCGAUGUGGGAACAGUGAAGGUGGAUUCCAUGCAGAAUAUAAUGAAUGUAGCCCUGAAAAUAAUGCAACCAUUACUGAACCAACUUUAA